UUGGCAGCCCAUCAGACUCUGAAGUUGCUGAAGUUGUAGAGGGAAGAGGUCACAAAGUUUUUUCUCGUCCACCCGUCAGCACUUGUGUGUCGUCGCUCAUCCCGAGUCGAGUGGUCUCCGGGUUUUUCGGUGUCACGCGGCAGUUUCCAGUUCAGUAAGAUCACAUCCAUCCACCACCAUCGUAAAGAGGAGGAACCGCGGAGCAGAACAGCAGCAGCAGCAGUCUAGUUUGUGAAGGAACAGCAGAAGGAAAAGGCUGACAAAAUGUCCGUCAAUCGUCUUACGCCCCAGCAGGCCUCCAAGGAACAUGUCCUAGCCGUGUCCAGAGAUUUCAUCUCGCAGCCACGACUGACCUACAAGACCGUGUCCGGUGUGAACGGUCCGCUGGUCAUUCUGGACGAGGUCAAGUUCCCCAAGUUUGCCGAAAUCGUCCAGCUCCGACUGAACGAUGGCACCAUCCGCUCCGGUCAGGUGCUGGAAGUCAGCGGCUCCAAGGCCGUCGUCCAGGUGUUCGAGGGCACGUCCGGCAUUGACGCCCGCCACACGGUGUGCGAGUUCACCGGCGAUAUUCUCCGUACCCCGGUGUCCGAGGACAUGUUGGGCCGUGUGUUCAACGGUUCCGGCAAGCCCAUCGACAAGGGUCCGCCAAUUUUGGCCGAGGACUUUUUGGAUAUCCAGGGUCAACCCAUCAACCCGUGGUCCCGUAUCUACCCGGAGGAAAUGAUCCAGACCGGUAUCUCGGCCAUCGAUGUGAUGAACUCGAUUGCCCGUGGUCAGAAGAUUCCGAUUUUCUCGGCUGCUGGUUUGCCGCAUAAUGAAAUUGCUGCCCAGAUUUGUCGUCAAGCCGGUCUGGUCAAGCACACCGGCAAGUCGGUGAUCGAUGAGCAUGAGGACAACUUUGCCAUCGUGUUCGCCGCUAUGGGUGUCAACAUGGAAACUGCUCGUUUCUUCAAGCAAGAUUUCGAGGAGAACGGUUCCAUGGAGAACGUGUGCCUGUUCUUGAACUUGGCCAACGAUCCGACCAUCGAACGUAUCAUUACUCCACGUCUGGCGCUGACGGCGGCUGAGUUCUUGGCCUACCAGUGCGAGAAGCACGUGUUGGUCAUCUUGACUGAUAUGUCCUCGUAUGCUGAAGCCUUGCGUGAGGUGUCGGCUGCCCGUGAGGAAGUGCCCGGACGUCGUGGUUUCCCCGGUUACAUGUACACCGAUUUGGCCACAAUCUACGAACGUGCCGGACGUGUCGAGGGUCGUAACGGAUCGAUUACGCAGAUUCCAAUUUUGACUAUGCCUAACGACGAUAUUACCCAUCCAAUUCCCGAUUUGACUGGCUACAUUACCGAGGGCCAAAUCUACGUCGAUCGUCAACUGCACAACAGACAGAUCUACCCACCAGUCAACGUGCUGCCGUCGCUGUCUCGUCUGAUGAAGUCUGCCAUCGGUGAGGGCAUGACCCGUAAGGAUCACUCUGAUGUGUCUAACCAACUGUACGCUUGCUACGCCAUCGGUAAGGACGUGCAGGCCAUGAAGGCCGUCGUCGGUGAGGAAGCCCUCACGCCAGACGAUCUGUUGUAUCUGGAAUUCUUGACCAAAUUCGAGAAGAACUUCAUCGCGCAAGGUAACUAUGAGAACCGCACGGUAUUCGAAUCGCUGGACAUCGGCUGGCAGUUGCUCCGUAUCUUCCCCAAGGAAAUGCUCAAGCGUAUCCCGGCCUCGAUCUUGGCCGAAUUCUACCCAAGAGACUCGCGCCAUUAAACCCCUGUUCUCGCACGCUUCAAAUUUACUUUUUUCUUUUGUUAUUUUCCUUCUAUCAGUUUUGCCAGUUGAGGUCCCUUUGGUGGGACAAUUUUCUCAAGUUUUUUUUUCCAAAUUGUUUAUUAGCUUUCUAAUCUUUUUUUUUGUUGAUUUGCCGUUCACCUUGAGCCGGAAAAGUAUUGUUAUUUAAUGUAAUGAUGAAAAUCUCCCCCCCCCCCCUGAAAACAAUCACUUACUACAAUUUUAAUUGCGUCCAUCAGCAACUUACCAACCAGCAGCGAUCGAUUCAACUUAUCAAUGUUUCACGAGACAAUAGUCGAGGGAUAAUGUCUUUAAAUUAUAUCUAAAUGUGUGUGUGUCGAUACAGCAAAUGUCAUUUCGAUUUGUGAACAUCUCUGUGAAUCGCUGUUCAAAUUAAAAGCAUUCCUAAAUCGAACGAAAAACGAUAUUCAUUCUACUUACUAUGUUUCACAAAAUACAAUUCUGAAAAACGACCCACAAUUAAAAGUAGCGUAAAUUUGUUAUUUUGGAAUAAGUUUUUAACGCUUAAGGCACGCUCGGCUUUCCUUCGGGCAAUUUUCCUGCGCACCAUGCGAAGAACCGGGUGAAAAAGUCCCACGAUCGACCGUUCAAUCGCGUCGGAAUAGAAUCGACCUUCAAUGGUUCAGAGCCAACAAGGAACAAAUAACAACAACAUCAACAACCACAUACAAAAUCCAUCCAACUUUAAAAUGUGUGCAAACUUAAAAAAAAAAACCGACGAAACAAAAGAAGAGAAACUGCACCGGUUGAGGUUGAUUCCAGAGGAAAUUUCCAGCAUCCAAUUUCCUUGGUCAUACGUUUCGGUCGCACGCGGACUCGCAACGAGAUCCCUAUCCAAAAGCCAAAGGGUCCGUGGGGGUUGAACGGCUUCGACUGCGGGUACUCCUUCCUCAAAUGGUUUCGAGCUGUGUGCGUGAAAAACGGGAAGAUUGCACUCCGAUCCUGGAAAGCGAGCUUAAGGUAAAAUAAUCAACAGUGAACAGUUCUUUUAAUUUGAUAAUUUAGAAUUAACAAGUAGUCAAAUAUGUAAUCGUGGAAGAGGUAUAAAUAGAUGCAAUAGCAGGAAGAACACAAGCGCAAUCACUACGUAUUUCCCUCUCACGUCCCUUUUCAAUUUGUUCGUGCUAUAAACUUCAUUUUUAUUUGUUGAUACAUUUCUAUUAUAUUAGCCCGUAAGCAAUUAGUCGUUAAGUAUGAGCGUUUCCUUUUUGCAUGGUCUUAAAAAAAAUCGAAGAAGUGCUUCCGACAGUCGGGUGUUGCCGACCAACUACACGUGCUUCAGCUGGACUUCCCUGGACGUGUCGUUGUACGUUCGCCUUGGAUGAGAUGAACACUUUCCGGUUGUACCAACAUCUCACACAGUUCCAAUCGCAUCUGGUUAAAUCCCCUUUGAUUAUCACCACGUCAGCCGAACAUCCGCUGCAGAAAACCGCCGUUCGAUGGAACUAACCGGAAGGUGGUCCACUCUCACCCCAUUGCGCUUCUUGGAUGGCACCCAUCGAUUCCAGCGGAGCAUUCGUUGUUGUGCAAGGCAGCCGUACUCGGAAGGGAGCAUUUCUGUACAAUAAUUAGCAGCUAAGGUCUAGAGAAAAACACAUACAAAUAUUCAGAAAAGCGUUACGCGACGUCACAAAUUAUUUUAGCUGAAAGUUUCCCUUCAUAGGUCGAACGACCGAAUCUAGCUAAUCGGACACAUUUUCAACAACAAAUUCCAGGAUAUAGACAAAACUGGCAAGUGGACUACCGAUAGGUCAAAAUGAUCGAGUUUCAGGAAUUUUGCACGUGACAUCAGGAAAUUGGAUUCCAAAUUAUCCUUUCCGAUGUGUACCGUUCAAUAUUUUCAAAACUGCUUCAUCCGGAUACCAUCCGCAUCAUCUGGUGGUGUUGGGAGACCUAUCGGAUCAGAAGAUACUGCAGAUUGAAAAAAAUCUUACUACGGAAACACUCUGUACAGAUGAAGAAGGUACGCUAGUGAAAGGUGCAGAAAAUAUAUUACGAUACCUAUUAUAGCUGUUGAAGAAAGUAUAAAAUUAUUCACGUGUAUACAACACUCUAUAAUGAUGAAAGAGAAACAAACAAAAAAAAACUAAUAAAAGCGGACAAAAAACUUA